CACUUUCAAAAACAUUUCAUUCUCUUUCACUUCACACACACUUCACAUUUUCCCCAUUUCAUUUCUUGAUCUAUAUCUAUCUUCAUUCUCUUUGAUUUUCAUUUUUCAUUUUCAAUUUCUAUUUAUUUUCAAUUUCAUUUUCUCCCCCCAAAAAUUUGAAAAACCUAGAUCCAAAUUUGAAACUCAGAAUUUCAAUUUUAGGGUUUUUAUACGGUGAAUUGUGAACGGUGGCUCCUUCAUCGGAGGGAGUUGGCCGUGAAAUGGAAGGUGGUGGUGGCAGUGGUGGUGGGAGGAGAGUUAGUUCAAGUCCAAGACCUUGUUGUGGCCGGCGUGUGGUGGCGAAGAAGAAGCAAGGUCGUGGUGGUGCCGGUGAUGGGUUUAUCAACAGUGUUAGGAAGCUUCAAAGACGUGAAAUUUCUACCAAAAGUGUUCGUGGGUUUAGUAUCACUGAUGCUCAAGAACGAUUCCGCAAUAUCCGUUUGCAGGAAGAAUAUGAUACAUAUGAUCCAAAAGGUCCUUCUUCCAUCGUAUUGCCAUUUUUGAGAAAAAGGUCAAAAAUUAUUGAAAUUGUAGCGGCUCAAGACAUUGUUUUUGCCCUUGCACAAUCUGGCGUGUGUGCAGCAUUUAACCGAGAGACCAAUGAAAGGAUCUGCUUCUUGAAUAUUAGUCCUGAUGAAGUUAUAAGAAGCUUGUUCUAUAAUAAAAAUAACGACUCACUUAUCACUGUUUCUGUCUAUGCUUCCGAUAGUUACAGUUCUUUGAAAUGCAGAAGCACCAGGAUUGAAUAUAUAAGGAGGGUUCAGCCAGAUGCUGGAUUUGCUCUUUUCGAAUCUGAGUCUUUGAAGUGGCCAGGUUUUGUAGAGUUUGAUGAUGUAAAUGGGAAAGUACUGACAUACUCUGCACAGGAUAGCAUAUACAAGGUGUUUGACUUGAAAAACUAUUCGAUGUUAUACUCUGUUGCUGAUAAAAAUGUACAAGAGAUUAAGAUCAGUCCGGGGAUCAUGUUGUUGAUUUAUACUAAAGCAAGCAGCCAUGUCCCUCUAAAAAUCCUCUCAAUAGAAGAUGGUACUGUUUUGAAGUCAUUCAACCAUCUUAUUCAUCGGAAUAGCAAGGUGGACUUCAUUGAGCAGUUCAAUGAAAAGCUUCUUGUCAAGCAAGAAAAUGAGAACCUCCAAAUCCUUGAUGUACGGACUUUUGAGCUUACGGAAGUUAGCAAAACGGAAUUUAUGACGCCAUCUGCAUUUAUUUUCCUGUAUGAGAAUCAAUUGUUCCUGACCUUUCGAAAUAGAACUGUGGCUGUGUGGAACUUCCGUGGAGAACUUGUAACUUCUUUCGAGGAUCACCUUCUGUGGCAUCCUGAUUGUAACACAAACAACAUAUACAUAACCAGUGACCAGGAUCUCAUCAUAUCAUACUGCAAGGCUGAUUCUGAUGAGUCAUUGUCUGAAGGAAAUGCGGGAUCCAUCAAUAUCAGCAACAUUUUAACCGGUAAGUGUCUUGCGAAGAUAAGGGCAAGUAAUAGCUUUCCCAUUGCAAAGGAAUGCAACUGCGGCGACGACUGUUCAACUGAUGGUUGUAAUUCAAGGAAGAGAAAGCAGGCCUCCUCCAGAAUAAGGAACACAGUUAGAGAAGCCUUGGAAGACAUUACUGCUCUUUUCUAUGAUGAAGAUCGCAAUGAGAUCUAUACAGGCAACAGGCAUGGUCUGGUUCAUGUGUGGUCUAACUGAUGUAUUGUUGAAUUUGUUCUGACCUUGUGAUUUCUUAUUGGCUUGUCUCCUUGGUUGUUGUGAUUUGUGAUAGUCCUGUCCUCACCCCUCACCUGCUAUGAGAGCUUCUGGGGGAACUGUAACUUUUAUGUGAUCUUGUACAAUAUUGUUUUGUCCUUGUCACUUGCAACUUAGGCAUGUUCUGCAUGUGGCAACAAACAUGUAUUAAGUUAUACUGUGUUUUUUUUUUUUUUUGAGGGAAGUUAUACUGUAUGCUGGUAACUUACAAUAUGUAUGUUUAUGUUGUACAAUAAAUAUGAGAUGUUGGAUAAUGUUUGCGUCC